AGUGCUUUGGGAACUAGGGUAUGAAUGGCGGCCGUGGCUUGGCAGCUGAGAGCCCGUGUUCUUCGUAGGCAUUUCCAUCCGGCGCCAUCGAUCCGGCCGCCGUGCGCUCCUGCCGAGGCGCCAGUGAUCGGGAGCGAGGUCGGGCAUGGAGCACCUGCAGCAGAAUCGAUUUCUGGAUCGAUGGAGCUCAUGGCAGUCCCCAAAUCAAAGAUUUCCAAGUAUAAGAAGAAGCUAAGGAACAAUCCCAAGAACUUGAAGCCCAUUCCAGUGAUCGCCCAGUGCUCGAUUUGUGGAAGAUACAGACUUCCAAUGUACUUUUGCUGUAGUCCAUGGUUUCGAGCAAAGAAGGAUUUCAAAGUAUAAAUCAAAGCCACUUUUGUACA